AUGGGCCCAAGGGUCAAGUUCUCGCGCCCGUCCAGGGCGUCAACCCGCUGCCUUCCUCCGCAACAAACCGCGAUACAGGAAUUUGCAAAGGCGACAAAGUCAAGAGCAAGGCAAUUCGAUGCCAAAGAUGCCAAAGAUGUCCUUUCCUCCAAGAAGCGCAAGGUUGGCGAGAUCGAGGUUCAAAUGGUCGAAGUUACCAGCCGCAGCACCGAAGAUAGUAGCUCCUGCGACGAGAUCGGUGAAAGACCGCCCAAGGGAGCGCGGCUGAGCAAAUCAUCGGUCUUACGCUCGAAAACCCGUUCUUCUCUUACAACGCGAUCAACCUCUCCCCUAACACCAACGAAGAAGGUUUUAACAUCCGGCCCAUCUUCGCUCUCCGCCACUGGAAACAAAAACAACCCUCUGCCCCGUACAACUACCGAUCCCAAUACCAAUACCAAUACCAAUGCAAAUGGGAAUGAGAAUGAGAAUGAGAUAUCCGAUUAUGACAACCUACCGCAAUCCUUCCACGACCUCAUCGCUCUGCAUUCUUCCUUUCUCUCAGCGUUAUCCCUCCACUACUCUCACAAUGGACGAAGCACCCCCGCAGAUCUUAACCUAUUACUCCCCAGCACAGAAAAGAUAUGGAAGAAGCGCAAGGUCCACAGGGAAGAUCUACAGAGACUUCUAUACAUAUUAGAGAGUGACACAGAACCAGCCUGCAAAGGCGACGACAAGAGCAAUGACUCCAGCAUGACCUUCAGAAUCGUCAACUAUGGAAUCCGCAAGACAUGUCUGGAGUUCAUGGACCCAGAAAACAGCAGGACCCCGAAGAAGAACAAGAACAACUUUGGACCCCCUUUUGACGAAGCAGAGCUAAACGCUAAAUUCCGCAUCAACCUACAACGCAUCUGGCGCAGCUCUACCCACAACCAAUCACCAUCGGGCACACAUCCACCCCCCGCCAUCCCCCUAGCCCCAAUCCACGACUCAACAACAGCCUUCACAUCCCUCCGCAUCGGACAACAACGCCUUCUCGAUUUCAAGCGGGGCAUGGUGGGACUGAAAACAGCCGCCACGGGUCCUGAAAGUGGUAGUAGCAAAGACGGCAAAGGUGUGUCUGUCACCUCUUCUCCAACCGCAGCCAGUCGUCGUAGCGGGCUUCUCCAACGGAUCCAGAACAAACAACUCAAGCAGACGACGCUGGCUCCGCCGCCGAGUAAGGAGGCUAUCCUGCGCCGUUCCGCGGUUGGUUUGGUUGAGGAGGUUGUUGGGGUGUUGAUUUUACUUAGACCGGCAUCGUCUUCGGCGCCUGCAUCUUCUGCAUCUUCUGCAUCUUCAAAUUCUUCGUCGUCGCCUAUCAGCCCUGCAACAAUUACAACCGCCCCGUCUCGCAAAAAGCCGUAUCGAUGGAACACCAUCAUUCAGAAUAUUCGAGAUUCCCUACGGUGUCCCAUCUCCAAGCAGGAGGCGGAGGCCUGUUUGGAUCUCCUGGCCCAGCCGUCCGUGGCAGGGGAGUGGGUUAGUAUUGUUACCGUUAAUCGGAUUAAAUCUGUGGUGUUGAGGUCUGGAAUUGAUGUUUUUCCGUGUGAGAUUAGGAAGAGGGUGGAACAUUUGAAGGUUUGA